UAGGGGGUUUGUCACUAUAAUGAUUCCAAUGCUGCGCUAUAUAAGCGGAUCCGAUCUGGGCACCCCUGAUCGGAGUCGUCGUUGAAACCAAGGAGUGAAAAGGCGGAAUUUUUUUUCCUAAAACCUCGACGCCAUGGGUCUGCAGGAGGAUUUUGAGGAGCAUGCCGAGAAGGCAAAGACCUUGCCCGACAACACCAGCAUUGAGAACAAGCUAAUCCUUUAUGGACUCUAUAAGCAAGCCACUGUUGGAGAUGUGAAUACCUCUCGUCCUGGAAUAUUCAACCAGAGGGACAGGGCCAAAUGGGAUGCAUGGAAGGCUGUUGAAGGCAAAUCAAAGGAGGAAGCAAUGAGUGACUACAUCACCAAGGUGAAACAGCUCCAAGAGGAGGCUGCCGCCGCAGGCGCCUCUUAAUAGUUGAACCAAACAGCUAUUGUCCGCUGAACUUUAUUAUGCUAUCUGAUCAUGAGAACUAUAUCAUUCUAUCCACUGGGGAUGUGAAAUUGUGAACCAUGUACCUGUUUAUGUACUUUUUACCUAAGUUAUCCGUCUAUCUAUCGAAGACAUUAGUCUUAUAAA